CGAGUCAGGCGCUGAGCGGCAGCACUGCACCUUAUACAGUAGGCUAUUUGCAAACGGCUCUCCGACCUCAGACCCGAUAUCUUUCCUUUUCUCCUUUUUUUUGCCAGUCUAUCCAAAUUCCUUCUCAUUUGUACAUGUAACUGACACCAUUCUCUACACACACGCGCGGAUAACCUAUUACAAGGCAACCUGCUCCGAUCAUUCCUGCGCGGUGCAACUACUUUCCUUUCCACGCGACUUCGCUAUCUCCGGCACCUCAACAAGCCUGCUGUAGAGAAGUGUCUGUUGUGGGGAUAAAAAAGCCAUCUCGGACCUCCAAAGGGAUUGCUUUAAACGCCGACUUGACCUUCUGAGAAUGACCCGGCAGUGACGUGGACCCCACCCCGCCCCCUCUUCGCCUUCGGUUUCGCCAGACCCCCCCGUCCCUGAAACCUCUCGGCCUCCGACCAGUGAAGCCCCGCCUCCUCCGCCGGCUCCGCCCACGUCUCUCUCGGCCCCUCCCCCCCAGGCCCCGCCUUCUCUCCGCCCCCCUUCCCCUCGCCCGGCCCCAGAGGAAACCCGCCCCGGAGCCCAGAUGGACUUGCACCGGGCCGCCUUCAAGAUGGAGAGCUCCUCCUACCUGCCCAACCCGCUGGCGUCCCCGGCGCUGAUGGUGCUGGCGUCCACGGCGGAGGCCAGCCGCGACGCCUCCAUCCCCUGCCAGCCGCCCCGCCCCUUCGGCGUGCCCGCCUCCGUGGAGAAGGACGUGCACCUGCCCUUCACCAACGGCUCCUACACCUUCGCCUCCAUGUACCACCGGCAGGGCGCCGUCCCCGGAGGCUUCCCCAGCCGGGACUUCCCGCCGUCCCUCCUCCACCUGCACCACCAGUUCGCCCCGCCCAGCCUGGACUGCUCGCCCAUCAGCAUGCUGAACCACAGCGGCGUGGGCGCCUUCCGGCCCUUCGCCUCCCCGCCGGACGAGCGCGACGGCGGCGGCGGCUACCAGUCGGCCUUCACCCCCGCCAAGCGGCUGAAGGGCUGCCUGGAGCCGGAGGCCUCCCCCCACCUGCGCUACUCGGACGCCGAGGGCAAGGAGUACGACUACACGGGCGCCCAGAUCCCGUCCGGCUCGCCCGGCGCGCUCAAGGUCGUGGUGGAGGACGCCGGCAAGAAGAUCUUCGCCGUGUCCGGCCUGCUGUCCGACCGCGAGCCGUCGUCCAGCCCGGAGGACCGCAUCGAGCGCUGUAAGAAGAAGCCGUCCCUGUAUGACAGCCAGGCUCCAGUCUGUCCCAUCUGCCAGGUGGUGCUGAGGCCCGGCGAGCUGCAGGACCACAUGGAGCAGGAGAUGGAGCGCCUGACCCACAUGCACCUCAGUAAGAAUCCAGCGCACAAGGACCUGAGUGUGGUACCUGGCACACCCAAGUCCCUCUUGCUGUCCGUGCACAUCAAGCGCGAGGGGGGGUCUCCCACCGUCUCCCCCCUCUCCUCGGACGACCUCCACCACUCUGACCGAUACCAGACAUUUUUGCGAGUGCGAGCGAACAGACAAACACGAUUGAAUGCCCGGAUCGGGAAGAUGAAGCGCAGGAAGCCGGAGGACGGGCAGCGGGAGGGCGCGUGCGGUGCGGACGACGACUCCGCCGACGUGGACGGCGAGAACGGGACGCCCUUCGAGGAGUACGAGUGGUGCGGACAGAAGAGGGUGCGCGCCACCUCCCUGCUGGAGGGGGGGUUCAGAGGAACGGGUUUCGCCACCUGCAGCACCAAGGAGAGCCACGACAGCGACGCCGACCUGGACGUGGACGGGGACGACACCCUGGAGUACGGGAAGGCGCAGUACACCGAGGCGGACAUCAUCCCCUGCUCCGGAGAGGACCAGGGCGAGGCCCGCGAACGGGAGGCCCUGCGGGGGGCCGUGUUAAACGGUGGGACUCCCUCCAACAGGAUAGCGGCAGAGUUCUCCAAGUGGGCCAGCGAUGAGAUGCCCUCCACGAGUAAUGGGGAGAGCAGCCAGCAGGACGCGAGCGCGAGUUCCUCAGCCUCCACACAGAGGACCUGUAAAAACAGCGACAUUGAGAAGAUCACGGAGGACUCGACCGCGACCACUUUAGAAGCACUAAAGGCCCGCAUUCGGGAGCUGGAGAAGCAGAUCCUCAGAGGGGACCGAUAUAAGUGUCUAAUCUGCAUGGAGUCCUACACCAUGCCCCUAGCCUCCAUCCAGUGCUGGCACGUUCACUGUGAGGAAUGCUGGCUGCGGACUCUGGGAAACAAGAAGCUCUGCCCACAAUGCAACACCAUCACAUCGCCGGGGGACCUCAGGCGCGUCUACUUGUGAGGAAGACGCCGGUCGGCGGUCGGCGGGCCCCCCCCCCCCAAACCCCACUCUCCCAUCCUCUCCAUCCAGUUUAUAUUGCUGUUUGCUGUCAGUGUAUUUGAUAUCUUUUUUUUUUUUUUUUUUUGGGAGUGGCAUGGAUUUCUUUUUUUGUUUGUUUGUUUGUUUUUUUUAAAAAAAAGAAGCCUUUCAAGACUAAAUGGAGACAGGACUCUGGUCUGUACAAAGUAAAAUUCAGGGGGUGACUGUGGAAAGGCAGGCGUAGGACCAGCACCCACAGACUCCGUGUAACCCGUACUCCUCUGAGCGCGCCCCCCAACCUGACAUCCCCCCCCCCUCACCUGGAAACCGCCCCCUCCCUGACCUCCGUCACGGCUGCCCCCUUGUAGCAGUUAAAUUACUGGGCACUUUUUUGUGUUUUUGGUCUUCUCCACUCGAGUCCAUUUUGUCCAGUUGUUGCCCCCCGAAAUGUGAACACAUGAAGUCCCCCUUUCUCCCGGCUUUGUUCCUCUGCGCUGACGAGCUCGCCGCGGCUCCAAGGAGGCGUUUCCAGCCGGUGCUGUCAUCGUGAAGCCCCUCCCCUUCCAGGACAAACCAGACUGUUAGCCUCUGAGCUCCGCCCCCUUCCCUGUCCUGUCCCCCCCCCGGCGAGGAGACCAGCAGGGAACAAACCUCGGCUCCCGAGCUCUCGACCAAAACCAACGACCUCACGACGACUUUGGGAACCCCUCUCCACGCGCCGCUUCCUUCCUUGUUUCUUCCUUGCUUGUGGUGUUCUAGUGAAGUUACUCAACCAAAAUUCAAAAAGCGCAGAAUCAACACGUAGAGGAAGUGCAAGCACAUGUAAUAUAGUCUGUGUAUGUUUACAAUGUUGUGUAUAAAUGGCAUAGAGUUCAGACGCAUACUUACACACACACACACACGUACACUCUCACCAAUGUACGCGCCCACACGCACUCACACACACACACACACAAGUAUGUAUUAAAGUUUUUUUUUGGGACAGCGUGGAGAGCAGGAGCAAAGGAGGACAUUUAAAAUGGCGGAUAAGAAAAUUCUGUAUUUUUAAACCUGUUGUCUUCUUGAGGUUGAAGUUAAAUGUCAUUGUACAGGGAGAUGUCAUGGUAAUAAAGUACUCAAAAUAGUAUUCCAAGGA